ACGACUGAUCUCUCAACAAUGGCUCGUACCAAGCAAACCGCACGUAAAUCUACUGGUGGCAAGGCCCCAAGGAAGCAGCUGGCCACCAAGGCCGCUCGUAAGAGCGCCCCCGCCACCGGUGGUGUGAAGAAACCUCACCGUUACAGGCCCGGUACUGUAGCUCUCCGUGAAAUCCGUCGUUACCAGAAGAGCACUGAGCUUCUGAUCCGCAAGCUCCCCUUCCAGCGUCUGGUCCGUGAAAUCGCCCAGGACUUCAAAACUGACCUGAGAUUCCAGAGCUCUGCUGUCAUGGCCCUGCAGGAAGCUAGCGAAGCUUACUUGGUUGGUCUUUUCGAGGACACCAACCUGUGCGCUAUCCACGCCAAGCGUGUGACCAUCAUGCCCAAGGACAUCCAGCUGGCUCGCCGUAUUCGCGGAGAGCGUGCCUAA